AUAGGACCUGACUGUCCUCAGCCCCCCCUCACUCCCAAAAAUGCAUUCCCGACAUUUAUAGACCAGACGGAGCGGCAGAUUAUUCUCCACGUAGAAAGGGAAGGAGGGAUAGGAAGAGACAGAGAAUCUGAAUUCCCCGACGUUUCAGCAAUUUGCUUUGGAACUCCCAAUAGAUCCUUAUCCGUUUCAGUCCUUACCAGUUAUAUUUUCCAUUUUUGAAACGUUGAUACAGCAUUAUUACAGUAGAAAGUUAGGAAGAAGUAGAGAUAAAAGAGAGAGAUAGAGAGAGGGGGGACUCAGGGACCUGAUAACAGGGACAACCCACGAUCUGUGAGAAUCUUGUUGUAGCAAUCACCCACGAGAGCCCCCACAAUCAUGCCUUCAGGUGGUAAGAAGAGAAGGGCCGCAAAGAAAAAGAAAGGCAGCGAAACCCACACCAUCAAGCUCUCAACCAACAACACUCGAGGAAAUGACGAUUGGUCCCAAGAUGGGAAGGAAAGUGAUAAUAGCCCUGCAUCUCGGGACCAGGAUAGUGACCAAAAUCCAUUUAACGAGGGAAGCGAGGACUUGGAGGAGAGAGACCCUUCAUCCAUUCAGUCAUUUGUUGCCGAGGACAAGUCUAUGGAGGGAUUCCCUAUUAAUGUAGAGGGUGUACAGAAAAUAGGCUUAGAGGAUGAUGGUGUUAUUGAAAUUGAAAGGGAAUUGAAAUCGGGGGAGAACUUUGAGAGCAAAAAUGGUAGCAUUGAGCACGUUGAGUUGGCCAAGGAAUCACAUGAUGGCAAUGAUCAGAGCUCUAGCAGUAGUAGUUCAGAUGAUGAGGCACGAGUCACUAAUGGUAAACCAAAGGAGGCCUACAAUUCAGUUUUGGAAGCAAGUUCGUAUGAUGACUUGGUUAAGCCUGUGGAUUCUUCGCCUGCAGAAGUGAUGUGGGUUAAUGAAAAUCCAUCAGUUGGGGAGACUGUUAAUUUAAUUGCUGAAACUGCCCCUUUUAUUGAAUCUGUAAAGACAGUGGCAUCUGUUUCCCAGGAGACAAGUCACAGGACUGAAAGUGCUCCAGUUGAGAAUCCAGUGAUUGCUGAUGUUGUUGAAUCAGGACCAAAAGAAAACCCUCUUGUUGAAUCUCCUAAUCUGAUGGUUUCUGUGCCCCAGGAGACAAUUUACAUGACUGAAAGUGCUUCAAUUCAGAAUCAAGUUAUUGCUGAUGUUGUUGAAUCAGGACCAAAAGAAAAUCCUGUUGUUGAAUUUCCUAAUCCAGCAGUAUCUGUGUCCCUGGAGACCAUUCACAUGACUGAAAGUGCUCCAGUUGAGAAUCCAGUGUUUGCUGAUGUGGUUGAAUCAGGACCAAAAGAAAACCCUCUUGUCGAAUCUCCUAAUCCGGCAGUGUCUGUGUCCCAUGAGACAAUUCACUUGACUGAAAGUGCUCCAGUUGAGAAUACCGUGGUUGCUGAUGUGGUUGAAUUGGGACCAAAAGAAAACCCUCUUGUCGAAUCUCCUAAGCCAGCAUUAUCUGUGUCCCUGGAGAGAAUUCACAUGACUGAAAGUGCUCCAGUUGUGAAUCCAGUGGUUGCUGAUGUGGUUGAAUCAAGAUCAAAUGAAAGUGAUGAAAAGUUGUUGCGUAAAUCAAGUCAGGCUCCAGUAGCUGUGAUGGAUUUGACAAUGAAUAAUAAUGAGGAUAGCAUAUUUCCUUUAUCUAAUGAUAAUGUUCAGGCAUCGUUGGCCGUGGUGGAAUCAGUGUCAAAUGGAUAUGAGGUUAAAAUAUUGCCAUCAUCUAGUGUUCCUGUUGCUGCAACUAGUGAUAGUGCAGCACAUGUCAAAGAUUCUGAGAUUCCUGAAUAUUCUGAAAGACAGCCUCCGCUAGCACCAGCCCCACAAAUGGUGAAAAGAACCUCCUGGCUGAGUUGCUGUGGAUUGUUUGAGGUUCUAACAGGCACCGGGAGAUAAAUUCAGAAACAGAGCAUGGAUGGGUUUCAGUGGAAUGGCGAAGCUUGUGAAAGUUCAGAAGGAUUUGGUCCAGAGGAAAUUUUGAUUUGUCCAGCUAGAAAACUGUUCUUGGUUUUUCCCAAUAAAUAACCGGCCAAGAGGUCUGAUCAGAUAAACAGUCUUGGGGUUUGUGGUGAUGGUGUCAAUACUCGUAGGCGGCUUGGUGUCCCUAGCUUUCGGUACAUGCCUUGUUAAUCUUGUAGUCUAGUGCUUUUUCUAGAUGGUGUGUUGUACUUAAAAACAGUUUCUUUUGCAUCAUUGGGUAGGGUGGUGAUGUGAUUUGGCUUUUGCAAGUUCUUAGGUGAUAUCAAUAUUCCUUUGAUUGCUGUCAUGGUGUUAUCUUAUGGAUGGUGUCUACUCUUCUUCAACAAAUUUAUAUUUUGCUUUUACGGCAUAUGGGUCUUUUUAUUGCAUGGUGGCUGGCUUUCUUUAAUUGAUUGGGAGUGUUUUUAGGAAUGGAUUUCCUCUUUUGAAAUGUUGAAACUUAAAGAGAGCCAUCAAACAAUGUCUGAUGUGGUUGGUUUUGGUAUGUAUCUGAAUGAGCUGGGGAUUUAUUUAUCACAGAUAAAAUCAGUUUGAUGA